GCAGCUUAAACAAAUCCAGGUCCGGAGGUCCUGAGGAGAGACCACUGAGUGUCGAGGACCAGGAGGCCAAGCCAGCGUCGGUGAAGGAGAGGCUUGAGAUGUACCAGGCAGCUGUGUCCAAUAAAGACCCUAAAUCUGCUGCGGUGAUGGACGAGUCAGAGACCUGCUCGCUGCCGGGUGGUCUGGCCACCGUGAAGAGACAGUUUGAGAGCCAGGAGUUCUCCUCUUCAUCCUCUCAGUCCACCGUCACCCAGAUCCACGUUCAGAAGAGAUCAGUUCAGGAGACGUCCAGCUCRUCUGAGGUGACGGUCAGAAGUAGCACCAGAGAGCUCGUUCCCACGACAACCCUCAGUCGACAGGAGUUGAGCCACAAUCAGAGAGUCCAGCGGAGCAGCUAUGGGAACCAUUCCAACCAAACAGUUACGCUCAUCGGAGGGGAGGACCUACCCAAGGUUUCCACUCAGGCUUUGAAGCAGCAGUACGAAAAAACCAUCGAGGAAGCUGCACCAGCYAAGGAAAUUAAGGUUGAUGUGGAUUUCAACCAGUUUCAGUGGUCUCCAGUUAACCAGUCAACCAAAACGUCAGCUGGUUAUAAUUCAUCUUCCACUGWAAGGACAUCUUCGUCAGUAGCGUCCACCUCAUCGGUGGCUUUUGAAGCCGCAGAACAUUUCCCUCCCCCACCCACAAACCUGCCACAAGUGUCACAAGAAGCCUCUCGGGAUAAACAGAAGUACGUUGUUAACAAAGAAGAGUUCCUCAAACACAAGAGCAUGGCUGAGCUGAAGCGCCUCUACAAGCACAUACAUCCAGAGGUGCGCAAGAACCUUGAGGAGGACUUUAUAAGCCAGCUCACUGAAGCCGAAAGAGCAGCCUUGGAAAGUAAAGAAUCUGUGGGAGACGUCCAGCAGACAUGCUACAUGUUUGAAAACGAUGGCGACAGCUCCAGUGAAGGUUCGAGCACUGAUAGAGAGUACUUGGAGUGGGAGGAGAUCCUCAAAGGCGAGGUGCAGUCAAUGCGCUGGAUGUUCGAAAACAAGCCCCUGGACACGAUCAAAGAUGACUCCACGGAUGAAGGUGAGGGGAAGAACAUCUCCCAGCAGGAAAUCAUUGCAGGAAAGGACGUCAGGUACACUGCGUGGAUGUUUGAGACGCAGCCGAUGGACGCUCUCGGGGGAGAGGCUGCUGARGCAACUGAGCAGUCGCAAAAACAGACUGAGCUUGCCAGAGGAGARGUCCGCACCGCCACCUGGCUGUUCGAAACUCAGCCUCUGGAUUGUCUGAAUAAGAUCUACCAAGAAGACGAGCAGGAGAUGGAAUGCGUCGUCACCAAAGACAUCACCGGCGGAGAUGUGAAAACUGCCAGGUACCUCUUUGAAACCCAGCAUCUAGAUUCUCUGGGUAAAACAGAAACCAUUGAGGAGAGCCACUUCCUGAACCUGAAGUCUGAGCUGGAGGAGAUUAAGGGAGACGUGAAAAUGACCACUCGCAUGUUUGAGACACAACCAKUGUGUGUUAUUAGGGGGGAUUCAGGAGAAAUCCUUGAAAUCACRACCAUCCGCAGAGAGGAGACAGCGAAGGGAGAUGUGAAGACGUCACGAUGGAUGUUUGAAACCCAGCCUCUGGACAUGAUCAACAAAGACCCGGCCAAGGUGAAAUUGAUUUGUGGUAUUUCCAUGGAGGACAACACUGAAGGUGGUGUGAACAAAGGCAGAUGGCUAUUUGAGACAAAAACACUUGAUUCAAUUAAUGAUGAAGAAUGGGAAAGUUCUAGAAAAUCAAAAGAAGAAAUAAUUGGUGCUGAUGUAAAAAAACACUGUCUUGUUUUCGAGACUCAACCUAUGGAUUCAUUGAAAGAUACCACCAAUGCUCGACCUUUGCCCUCUGAGGAGAUUGUAGGAGGUGAUGUUCAGUCAGCCAAACAUCUAUUUGAAACUGUACCCAUGGAAAAUUUAAAAGAGCUGCUUGAAGUGGGAAAACUAAAGAAAAUGGUGACAUCAGAAGAAGAGAAGGGGGACGUAAGACAUCAGAAAUGGGUCUUUGAAAGUCAGCCUUUGGCGAGUAUAAGAGAAGAGAAGAAGGAGCUUACAAGGACCGUGAACAUUGAAGCCUUUGAUAAAGGAGACGUGACAAACUACAAAGAAUGGUUUGAAACCAUGGAUUUAAGUAAAWGUGAAGGUACAAAUAAAAUCCAAGUUGAAGGCGUUCCAAGUGGAUCUGUCAGGUCCAACAAAGAGCUGUUUGAGUCRACGCCGAUGUAUGCCAUGCAGGACAGCUCUGGCCAUUACCACGAGGUGAGGACAGUGAGGCGAGAGGAGGUCGUGAAAGGAGACGUCCGCAGCUGCAGGUGGAUGUUCGAGACGCGCCCCAUAGAUGAGUUUGAUGAGAGCAUCAAUAAGUUCCAGAUCAUCAAAGGUAUUUCCAAACAAGAAAUUGAGUCCGGGGARGUUAAAACUGCAAAGUGGCUGUUUGAAACCCAACCCCUCGAUGCCAUUAAGUUUUUCAAUAAUUUCGAAGCCGAGGAACACAAAACGAAGGAAGACGUUAAAAUUGAGAAGGGGGACGUGAAAACCUGUAGGUGGCUGUUUGAGACUCAGCCCAUGGAUGCUUUGUAUGAAAAGGUUAAAAGGGGCGAUUCUGACACGGAGGAAGUGCAGAAAGGUGACGUGAAAACGUGCACUUGGCUUUUUGAGACCCAGACUCURGACAACAUACAUGAUCACUCAGAGACCGAAACCAUACUGAAAACCUGCACCACAAACCAAGAGGACAUUCUAGGGAAGGACGUCCAAAUGGCUCGCUUCCUGUUUGAAACAGAGAACCUGGAAAACAUUGUGGGGGAAGACAGUGGUUCUUUCAGAAGAGUCACAGAGAUCGAUAUCCAGUCUGGGGAUGUUUCCAGGAUGAAGUACAUCUUCGAGAAUCGCUCCUCAGACAUCGUGAGCUCCACGUCGGAGGAGACGAUGCACCAGCUAAAGAAACAGCAUGCUGAGGACAUCCAAAGGGGAAAUGUGGUCAACUGCACCUGGAUGUUUGAGAACCAGCCGAUCGAUGCCAUCAGUGAGGACAGCUCAAAGACGAAGGAGGGUCGCACAGUGAUCGACAUCCAGGGUGGCGAUGUCAACAAGAGCCGCUUCAUUUUUGAGACGUUCUCUCUGGAUCAAAUCAAAGAGGAGUCUACAGAGAGUGAUAUCUCAAAACUAAGUAUUUUUAGAGAAGACGUCGAGAAAGGAGAUGUAAAAAAUUAUACCAUGAUGUUUGAAACUCAGCCACUGUAUGCCAUCCGAGACAAGGAGGGCCAUUAUCAUGAGGUAACCACAGUUACCAAAGAAGAAAUCAUGAGAGGAGACGUAGUGGGGGCUCGAUGGUUGUUUGAGACAAAACCACUGGAUUCAAUCAGAGAUUCAGAGGAGGUUUACGUUAUUAAAGCUGUUACAGAGGAAGGCAUUAACAAAGGAGAUGUCAGUUCUGCCAAGUGGAGGUUUGAAACACAACCGCUGGACGAAAUAAGCGAAGACAUCAAAGUGAGGUCGAAGACGGUCACAGGCGUGCAAGGUGGUGACGUGAAGARGAACAAGCGUCGAUUUGAGACCGACGAGAUGUCUCAGAAAUACGUCAGAACUGUAAGCGUGAGUGAAAUUCAAAAAGGUGACGUCAGGUCCGCCACGUGGAUGUUUGAGACCCGCACGAUCGAUGAGAUCCAUGGCGACGGCAGUGAGUACGACGACAUGGAGAAGGUGACUAAGGAGGAAGUGAUGAAAGGGGAUGUCAAACAGUCAGUAUGGCUCUUUGAGAAGAACCCCCUGGACUGUAUCAAAGAGUCUGAUGGCAUUAAGACUGUUAUGACAAAGGAGGAAAUCCCACAGGCCGAUGUGAAAACAACAACUUGGCUGUUUGAAACCACUCCUUUUCACGAGUUCAACGAGAGCAGUGUGGAGAGGACAGAGAUAACUGGGAAGAGUGUUAAAGAGACGCUUGAGGAGCUUUACAGCCAGAAAAUGGUGAACGCGCAGGGGAUCCUGAUUGAGGCAGAUGAAAUAGGGGAUGUCCGUAUGGCAAAGUACAAACUCAUGAACCAGGAUGCUCCACAAAUCCAAAAGGAGAAGAUCAUCAGUGGAGAUCUGAGCAACAUAAUGAUGAACCUCCUGAACCGCACUGAACCCACCGAAAGGGUUAUAACGAUCGAUAAAGAGGAGCGGGGCGACAUAAACACCACGGUGAAGCAGCUCUUCAACCAGGAGAGAGGAACCAACGUAGAAAAAGAGACGAUCAUCGGCGGAGAUGUUCAAGAGGCGAUGAACAAUUUGCUGAGAAAUGAAGGCUCUUCCAAGCGUGGCAUCCUGAUUCAAGAAGACGAGAAAGGAGAUGUGAAGAUGACGAUCUAUUCCCUCUUAAACAAAGGGGAGAAAACGACCAAGGAGAAAGAAGAUAUAAUUCAAGGGAAUGUCAGCCGAACUCUUCUCCGUCUUCUCUCUAACUCUGGAGAAGAGGAUUCCAAUAAGAUCAGGGUUGGAGAAACCGAAAGGGGCAAUGUCAGCUUCUAUUCUACCUGCAUUGAGUCUGGGGCCUUGGAGUACCUGAAACAGUUUCAGUCUGAGUCUGAUGAUGUUCAGGAAGUGGUGCAAAAGGAACACAUCAUAGGAGGUGAUGUUGAAGAYACGAAAAUGUUGCUUCGGAAAAAUCAUCAGCAGAUCGGUCGUACCAUAGCAGAGGAGGACAUUGUCCCUGGUGACGUAUACAGCACUGUUAAAGUUUUCAUGACAGAGCCCACCGUUACCUACAGAAACCUGGAGAAGGAUAUCGUUAAAGGGGACCUUAACGCAGCUCUGGACUCUUUGACUCAAGCCAUCAAUCAGAAAGUGGUCAUAGAAAAAGAGCAGGUGGUAAAGGGGGACAUACCCACUACUUUAAAGUCUCUGGAGGAAGCCAAGAAUCAAGUGAAAGAAAGGGGAAAGCAUGAGAUCAUCAGGGGUGACAUCCGAGGCGCGCUGGAGUCGCUGGAGAAAUCUGCAUCUUCAAAAGCAGAAGCGAGCGUGGAAGAUUUAGUGCCGGGUGAUAUUAAAGAGACACUGAAAUGUCUGGAGGAGGCAAAGCAAGCUGUGAAAGAGGUGGCGAAGGAGGAGAUCAUCAAGGGAGACAUUCACACCGCCAUGCAAAGCUUACACGAGGCGUCGAGCGAGAAAAGGAUCUACCAGCAACAGGUGAGCGAGCAGGGCGACGUUAAGGGCACUAUUCAGCUUUUACUGGAGCCAGCCACCUCUCCACGGAUGCAGCGCAGAGGGAGCGUUGAAGGAGACGUGAAAACAUCCAUAAAAUCUCUUUACGAGGGGCAGGAGGCAACACACGUGGAAAAAGAAGAGGUCGUUAGAGGUGACGUUCAAGGGGCGAUAAAGUGCCUGAUGCAGAAGAAGCAGUAUUCAAACAAGAAGCGUAUGCAUCCUCCCAAGAAGGCGAAAGUGGCCGUGAAAAAUCCAUCAACUGUAAAGCAAGUYGAGCAUGAAAGCUUACAUGAGGCUCAGAGUGAGAAUGUAGCACUCACUCCAGCCCCCACUGUGAAAAACCUCUCGCAGAGCAGUGAGUCACAGAGGCACCAUGAAAGCAAAUCGCUGAAAACGCAGGUAAUAACCCAAGAGGACCACUCUGUUGCUGUAGUCAAAACAGACAAUCCUGCAGGGCCCUCUCAUCAGAAGAGCAUAAAAGAACAGAAAGACAAAGUGCUGCCCCCACAGAAAACACCAGCUCCUAAGCCUGUUGUGAUGAAGAACACACUGAAGACUAUUAAUGAUCAAACAGAGAAUAAAGCUGUGGAGGUGCAAAACACCACACAGAAAAAUGUUUCAAGCAAACAAACAUGUGAGACAAAAACAGUCAAACAGGUGCAGACGACGGUGACGGAGAGAACCGUCGUGCACACGCAGAGCGUCGCCGAGCAAACGCUCACACAGAAGCAGAGCGUCAAAAACCUGAAGGCUGAUUACCGAGGCCACGACACGAGAGGGACGGGGGCCGUCAGAAAGGCAAAACCAGAGAUUCACUUCCCCCCUCCUCCCUCCUCACCACCUCCCCCCUCAGAGUCAGAGCUCUCCCUCCCUCCUCCGCCGUCGCCGGUGACAGAGAGCCCGGCGUCGCCCACGACCCGGCCUCAAAUCAUGAGGCAGGACAGCGACCUGCUGCCGCCACCUCCCCCGCCUCCACCUCCCGUGGAGUGCAUGAAGUCGGAGCCCGAGUUUUUCCCACCUCCUCCGCCGCCUCCGCCGCCUUCAUUCUCUGCAGGUAGGCAGGAUUUUCUCCCUCCACCUCCUUCGCAGCAGGAGCUUAAUGCGAUGCCACAGCUCCCUCCUGCAAAGCAAGGAAAGCCCCUUGGCAAACCUUUAUUUAAAGUGGCCAAGCAGCCAGAACCACAGAAACAGCCCGUACAAGUUAAACCAAAGUGGCAGAAAAAACAGCCGACGCCUUCAGCUCCAUCAGCUCCUUCAGCUCCUUCAGCUCCUUCAGCUCCUUCAGCUCAGCUCAGUCAGGAAACGGUCGUAACCACCGUUCGAGAAGAGGAAGCUAAAGUUCAGGACAUGAAGCAAGAGAAAAUCCAACAAACUGAAAAGAAGAGUGAGACUAAACCAGCAGCGGCAUCACCAACAAGAAUUUCAAACAUCCCCGUUAAACCAGAGCAGAAACAAAGUCCACAACCUCCCAAAAAAGUGUGUGUCCCUCCCAUUAAACUGCCCCCACCUCCAGACCCAGCUCCGGCCCCGAAGGCCCGGCCGUACGCUCGCAAGUUUAAGACURCUCUCAUGCUCGCAGAGGAAAGAUACCGCCUCCAAAAGCAGGAGAAAGAGGAAGCAGAAAAAAGCAGCGCCUCUGCUCCAACUUCACCCUCAAUUAACACACAAUCCUCUGCUGCUGCUUUGCUUUCUGCAGCAGUGGACACCGAGAGAGAACUGGAAAGCACAAAAAUCACAAGUGAAAAUAAAAUACUGUCACAAGACUCAGCUGUUAAGAAAAGCCCUUCCCAAAUCCCUCUGAGCAAACCUUCAAUCUCAGCUCUAAAUAAAAAAUCCACCCUCGCAUCUUCAAAUGUAACCGCGGAUAAAAAGCAAAUCCAUUCCUCAACUGAUGUGUCCGUGUCUGAGUCUCAUCACCAGGCCUUGGAAAAAGAAAUCCAGUCAUGUUCAAACGUGGUCACUUCUUCAGUCACGGAGCAGCAGCAGUUUAUUAGUAAAUCCAGUUCCAGGUCCUCGCAGAGCACCGCCCAGGAUAARGUGAACCUUCAAAGCCCGGCUGCAGUCACACUGAAAACUGAGGAUGUAAAGUAUAUUAAUGCGUCUUUGACUCAGGAGGGAAAAAUCAGUCCCUCUCAGCCAACUAAAAUUCCAAAGGUAACUCCAAGUUUCAAAGUAAAAACAUUUAAAAUGCCAACAGAGGAGAAAAAAGAAAAGUCUGACGGUUCGGGGCAGGAGGAAGUAAUGAAAAGUGAAGCACAUUCACAACAAGAAAAAAGAAAAGUGUCACAGCGAGCUGAAUCAAAAGUAAAUGUGGAAAACAUCCAGCAGACUUCAGCAAGAACCGAGAUGAAAGCAGAAGUGAAAGAGACUAAAAAACAGGUGACUCCACCCGUGAAGGAGCAGAAAAACGUGGCCGAAGUCAAGCUGUCUCCAUCGAUUAUGGUUUCGGGAGCGAAGAUCACAUCUGUGCCAGCUCAUCAAGGACGUGACCUCGUGUCGGUUUCCCAGAGUCAGCAGAGCCUGAAGUCGGAGCACAUCCAACGACACGAGGAGGUUGUCGUGACUCAGAGGGUGGUGCAGAGAGAGGAGGCCGUCCACGUGCAGCAGCAGCAGCAGCAGCUGAAGCUACGAGCUGAAGAUACAAAUAAGACAAAGAAAAUGGUGAAGUCAAAAGUUGAGUCGAAAGACGUGUCGCUGAAAAGCUCGAGUCAUAAAGAAGAGGCUGAGACUGAAGAGAUUUCAGAUACAGAUAAAUGCACCGUGAUGGAGAAACUGGUUGCUCAGAUUAAAGAGCUCGAAGGCACACCGAGCAGAAUGGACGCCAGCGCAGUCAGGAGUGUCCUGAGUCAAGUUCCCGACUGGAUCAUUGGCUCGGCAGAGAAAAAGAAUUUGUGUGAAUUGGUGAAACAACAAAGCAAGAAAAAAUUGAAGGAGAUGGUGUCUUACCUGAGAAAUGUUUUUCAGACAAAACUCUUGGUUUUGAAGAAAAGCGCGAUGGUCGUGGAAAAGGAGGAGAAAGAGGAGCCAGCACCUCCACAGGUUGCUCCUAAACCAGACAAAAAGCCCGUCAUCACGGCAGCCUCGAAAAUAUCAAAGGUUAACGUUAGCUCGUCCAAAACAGAAAGGAAAGUAUUGGAAGAGAAACGGCAGUUUUCAGAAAGCAACACGCCUCCUGCUCUGAGCGAAGGGUCCGAUCAGAGACUCUCCUCCCCGUUAGCGAGCAUCCGCACUCCGUCACCAACUUACAUCACCAUUGAGUCGAGGAGAGUGGCUUCUCCCCUGAGGGUGACCCCUUCGCCUCCGCCCUACAAAUCAGUCGGGACGCCUCCGCCACCUCCUCGCAAAUCCUUCACGCCCACUUUCAGCAGGGCCACGCCCUCUCCAACGCUCAGCCGCUCAGAGAAGCUGCUGAAGCUGAGGGACACCACCUCAAAGCUCUCCCAGGGAAUGACCCCGCCUCCUCCCGUCGUGGCGCCGGAGUGUUUUGUUGCUGAGAGAGAGCAGCCGUCGCCGUUCAGUGACAGGGAGACCCCCACUGAGAGAAGCGACCACGGACUGGUGGAUGUCAUGGAGAUGGUGGACUCCAUGACGACGGUCAGAGACAAAAAGAGUUUCUUCGAGGAGGCGCAGAGGGCCGAAGUCAKCAAGCUGUACACUCGGAAGGAUCCCAUUGACAUCCCCGAACGUCUGGGACCUGAUGCCGAGGAAGCCCCCGAUGCCGUGACCCUUGACCUCCUGAGGGAGGAUCUUCCAAGAGUUGAUUUAUCCAAACUAGUGAAUAAAUUUGAGUCUCCUCGACCAAAGGUCUACACAAGGAAGGAGCCCAUCGUGAUAACAGAGAGGCUGGGCAGCGACACAGAGGAUGCAGAAGCCGAAGCCCACGCUCCAAGAACUGAAGACAUCCCCAUGUUCAAAGUCAAAGCCAUCAAGGACGUGUUUGAGAUGGGAGAGCACGGUUCUCAGGCAGCCCGGGAGCUCCGAGAACAAAUAGAGAGAAGAGAAUCCGAGUCCAGCUCCUCUGAGCCGGCGCAUCAUUCUCAGACCACUUCGGUCACAGAGCAGUUCUGCAACGUUGACGACUUUGGAAACAUGACGAGGGAGACCAGGAGCGAAACGCAUUCUGGGAGCUCCCUGAUUCGAGGUAACCCUCCGUCCUACGCAGACGUGGUGAGGGGCCGGGUUCCCACCGUCUCUGUGCCCUCCGAGGCUUCCACGGAGGAGCUGCUGAGGAGCUUCCAACAGUCCUGGGCCGAGAGCCAAGGGGUUUUCCAGAACCUGGGCUUUAACGUGACGGAGCAGAGGACUUCACAGACCGUGACCCACCAGCAGGAGACCUUUGUGACGGAGAAUUCGAAUUCCAGAGUCCGAACUGUGCAGGCUGUGUCAGAGGAGGGUGUACCCCAUGGAGUCGCUGAUCGCAGACAAACAAAACUUCCAUAAAAGCUGCUUCUGCUGCGAACACUGCAAAGGCAAACUAAGCCUCGGUAACUACGCCUCUCUCCAUGGACGACUGUACUGCAAACCACACUACACCCAGCUCUUCAAGUCCAAAGGAAACUACGACGAGGGAU